GCGUGUCCACCAGAUGGUGCCAGCGUAGAACUCCGGCGGAAAGUUUUGUUGACGGAAGUUCAUACACGAGAGGAGGAGCAGGGAUGGUGCGGUUGAAGUCGAGGUAUUUACUGUGCGAGGUGAAUGUGUCGAAAAGGAACGAGCUGUUGCUUCUGGAUGACCGGUCAAUUGCUUCAGCGGUGAGAGCAGCGGUGGCCCGCAUGCARGGAGACUAUGGGGCAGCUCUUUGCAGCAUCCGAUUCUCCGUUAAAUAUCUUAAUGCACAUACRGGAAUAGUAUUUCUACGUUUCCCCAAAAGAUGCUACAAACUCCUCUGGUCUGCUUUGCCAUUCAUCACCAGCAUUGAAAGUGGACGGCAUAUAAUUCCAUGUUUUCUAAAUUGUCUGCAUGUGGGAGGAACCAUUAGAACAUGUCAGAAGUUUUUGAUCCGAUACAACGCCCAACAGCUUCAUCGAAUGCUCCCUAAAUGUAAAAACGAAGAAGAAAAAGUGCAGGUUCGCCAAGCAAUCCUGAGCUGCUGUCUACCAGGUGGAACCAAAGAAGAAUUUCAGGAUGACUUGGAGAGUGAGGAAGAUGAGGAAGAGUGACCUCACAGCUGUCUUCUGCUCAGAUGCCUAGUUGAGGCUAUUUUUGUUACAAGACUGGAAAAAACAACAUAGUUUAAAACAGUUUAUUUCAAAAAUAUGUGACAUUAAAACUGUCUGGAACAAAGUGCUGGAUACUUACUCGUCCGCUGGACAUACCUGCAUUGUAAUCACCUCCAGUUUUUAAACUCCGAGGUAAAAAUUCAGGUAUUGGUCAUCUUGGAUAUUUUAAACCUUCUUGUCAUACAUCCAAAUAUGAAAUAGUGAGUGAUAAGCCUGGAAAGUAAGUAGUUUGUAAUACAUUUUAAAUCAUUAGGCUUUAAUUUAAAAAAUAGCAAUGUUUGUAAUUUACUUUAGAGAUUGAUAAUUCAGACCAWAUGUGUCUUAUAUAACUAGUCUAUAAAUCAGUCAAAUUCCAACAUGAUUAUUUGUCAAAUGGUCUCAUGAAUAAUUUAGGGAAAGCAGAAUAAAGGUCCAGUCUGUUUAGUGUUACCAAAUAAGGAGCGUGUUUUUAAAUAAAUAAAUAAAUAUAAACAAAUCAACAAAUAAAUAGGCAAGCAAGCUUCGAAAYUAAAACUAAUUUUCAUGUAWYUAGGGAAGAAUAAGAUGGGCUAAUUUUUAGUUAAACAUUUUCUGUUUUAUUAAGUUGUUGUGUUAAGAUGUAUUUUGCAUGGUUAUCCUCCUGAGUUUUUUGUCGAGCUUUACAAAACGAAAUAAAAAAGACGCAAGUACUACAUUUCCCGAA